AUGGAGGGAAAAGUGAUGUAUUUCGCUCACGGCUCAAAUUUGAGCCCAAGAUUAAUGGUAGAACGCGGUGCGGAGUUCUACUCACGCGAGGGCGCUGUGCUUCCAGGAUUUCGGCUUGAAUUCAACUUUAGUUGGAAGGACGACGGAUAUGGUAAUACAACCAUUGUCCAAGACGAAAAUUCAGUCGUAUAUGGAGCUUUGUACUCCUGUGAUGAACAGGGCAUAGCUAACAUGGACGAAGCCGAAGGCGAAAGGUUGAGGAGAAUAAAUGUCCAUGUCAAGAAAGAAAGCGGUGAAAUGAUACAGGCAACUACGUAUCAGGGAAAGGAAGAAUUCACAAAAACAGGGCUUCGUCCGGGUGAGACUUAUCUGAAUGAAAUGUUGGAGGGAGAGGAUAUUCUACCAGAGGGAUACGCUGAUUAUUUGAAAACUUUGAAGAAAGAAGUAACUCAGUUGAAUUGA